AAGAGGGAGUGCUGUUCCAUGUAGUUCAUGCCAGGUAGCAAGCAUAGAUGGUAUAGUAGGUAUAAUAGAAGUAAAUCUAUAUUAUAGAUACGAUAAGGUCGGAUAUGAUGUAAAGGAGUUCUAUGAGGUCGCUUGAUAUUAGUGCGCAUGACGCGGAACUAGAAGCUACCAGAAUCUGGAAACGCCAAGACGUGGGUCGAAAAUGUAUAUGAUUGAUGUGUAAAAAAGGGCAGGGCGCUGCGUUCACGUACAGGCAUAUAGAUCAGCCUGUAAUUUUUUGAUCGGGCUCCCCGCGUACCCUAAAUAAUUACUAGCAUCCGUCAUGUAGAAAUAGGAUUCACUAUCAAAAUCAAGUGAGUAGAGACAAAUUACUGAAAAAUUUCGAUGCAACAACUACAACUAGAACUACGUAAUGAACAAUGAUAUUCAGAUAUUGAUAAUGAUGAAGGGCCUUUCUUAUGGGGAUCCAUCCAUCACAAUACUAAGAACAACAACAGUCUUGACUUAGCCUUGAAGCAUGCGUACUAACAUGGAAGCAAGGGAGUGGAUGGGCAGGAGCGGUAGGCUUGUUCUAGACGAAUGAAAAUUGCUAUUCAAGCUGUCUUGAUAACUGAGCUAUUGAUGUCCUUUCGUUGCUUUCGCGUUCUACAAAUUUAGAUCCAAAAAUGAAAAAUGCAAUAGAUCAUGUGCAACAAUCAGUCAUACCUCUUGCCAGGCACAUCAAUCAGUCAGUCAAUCGAUCAAUGCACCGCGAUCCUCACCUCCGAACAUGAUCUUCAUCAUAAAAUAUCUAACAACCGGUUAGUUUUCUCUCAUAUCCUAGGUGUAUCCCUACAUGCAAACUAUCAAGGAAAGGACUAGCUCCAACAUCAUCUAUCUCACAUCAUCAUCGUCGUCGCCAUCAUUCUACAGGUUUAGGUUUUUAGUAGCGUUUUGGUUCUAUCGAUCGUAUGAAAAAGUAGCAAAGUUAUUCUACUGUGGUUUGAGUAGUUUUUGGCGAUAAAAAACAGUAAGCUUCCACUUUUUUCACUGAAAUUUGCAACUAAUUUUUUCUUCAUUUAGCCAGUUUGUUCUUAUUUGUGUGACUUCUAGGUAGCAGCUACUAUAGAACUGGAUUUUAUUUUGGUUCCUUUUGCGGGAAGGUCGGUGCUUCCGGCGUUCUCGGCCUACAAAAAAAAAGAAACGUGGCCCUGUGGAGGCAAUCUGAUUGAUUGCUUGACUUGUCAAAAGAGCUCUUCAAAAAGAUGCCUAUGUUUGGGUUCAAAUUUCCUGGUCUCGACGCUUUUGGAUUUGAGGAGGAGAGCGAUGACGACGUCUUCACUCUGGAAUCUCGAUUCGAAUAUCUCGGAAUUCCCUACGAUGCCACAGCGACGAAGGAUGAAGAUGCAGUGGGGACUGUUCUCUUUCCCACAAGCACGACACGGCGUACGACUAGCAACACGUGGAGUACUUCUACAACAACAUCAUCAACUCCCGGAAUCAACACAACCACACUCAGCACUGGUAGAACUCUGCCCCAACCGAUUCCUCAAUGGCUGCUCGAUCGCGGCAUGAACUUGGUCUCUGUGACGGACGGGUUGAUCGACGAGGCAGAAUGUUUGAAUCUGAUCAAGUUUUCAGAACUGCUAGGGUACGAACGCGCUAUGCUAAACAUUGGAGGCGGGAGGCAGCAAGUGACCGAAGGCCGCAGCCACUCCAGAGUCAUCGUGGACUGCCAUUUUUUAGCGGCUGAACUAUUUUCCAGACUGUUGAAGGGAACUACAACGACUGCUAGUUCUAUUCAACGGCAAGUACAAGACCAGCUUCCCAUGUCAAAACAAGAGGGGAACGCGGACGAUGAGUCAUCAUCUUCCUCCAGCGUACCCGCUAAACCUAGUAUCGAAACUAAAACCCUGUCUACUACUUCUUCUACUGGUGCCGAAACUCCUGCUACCGAAAUGAGCACAACUAGUACAUCCGGAACGACAACAGGAACACCUGCAACGUUACUUCUACCACCGACUCUUUCUUUCAACGGUGGCGAAACCUGGCACUUGAGCAGACUGAAUCCUAGACUGAGAUUUCUCAGGUAUGAACCUGGUGAGAUAUUCGACUGGCACAUGGAUGGCACCUACACAGACCGCAACACGCAAGAGCGCAGCUUCAUCACGGUUCAAUUGUAUCUGAAUGAUGUUGGUGGAGGUGAAACAAGUAAUAAGGAUGCUGGAACCGAGAACGCCGAUGCAGCAGUACUAGCAGACUACCUGGCUAGUAAACGAACUACGGACUUCUAUGCUGGUGCUGAGGAGGUAGACGAGGAGGAAAAUGAGGAUGACAGUGAAGAUAUCGAUUUCACGGACGUGAGGCCGGUGUCGGACGAGGAGAUGAACGAUGCAGAAGCUGCUGCUAAAGCGCAGGACGAAGAAGAUGAUGACAUUGUUUUCGGAGAAGCAGAUCAAAAUAAUGAGCCUUUCGACCAUGAGCAAAAAGCUUCCCGACUUGCCCAACAAGAGGAUAACACCACAGGUGGUGGCACGAUUUUCGCUUUCGACGGUAGCAUGUCAAACAAGGGGGGUCGAGAUUUCUCUUGCAGACCACGUUCAGGACGGGUGUUGCUGUUUUUCCAAAAGUUACUGCAUUGUGGAGACCGCCUGAAGAGUGGACUGAAAUACACCAUCCGCACGGAAGUGAUGUACCACAGAGAUCCAGAGGUUGCUGCUAGAUUGCGUGAGGAAAGCUUGGCAGAAUUGGAGGAGCUUGGAUUAUCGACGGGAAUGGACAUGACAGGCGAAAAUGUCGACACACAAAAGAGUCCAGUAAAGACGGCUGUUCAUGUCACUUACAAGCCGAAAAUCCAGAAAGCGAACAAGACGAAGCGACCCGUGAUGGGUAUUGAAGUGAAAACAAAGUUGGAGAAACCUUGAAGAACCAUGUUCUUUGAGGUUGAAGAAAGUUCCUUGGAAGUGAAAUUUUUGACCCUGAUUUACACAGUCGCUGAACUUGAUACAUACGAAAAUCGUUCUAUUGUACAGAACUGUCUCAAAAAAGCUAUUCCAAGCAAGAAUCACAAGUAAAAAACUCAUGAACAUGAACAAAGAAGUUGCCGUGGUGAAAGUACGUGGAUCAUUCUCUUUUACCAAGUCGCCACAAAAAACCUCUAAUGUCUGUAAAGUACGUAACGCAUGCGUGACUGCGCAU